AUGUAUGUGUGUGUAUUUUUGGGUAUUCUUGCUAUUUCUGUGGUUCAUGCAGAUUUAGGAACGUUGAGACCACAUAUAUUGUUCAUCUUAGCUGAUGACCUUGGGUGGCAUGAUGUUGGGUACCACGAUUCCGAAAUACAAACACCAAACAUUGACAUGUUGGCCGCGGAAGGAGUUAAACUCGAGAACUACUACGUCACACCCUUGUGUACACCAUCAAGAGCAGUUUUGAUGACUGGCCGAUAUCUGAUACACUCUGGUAUGCAGCAUGGGGUGUUAGUGGCACAGAAUCCAAGAUGUCUACCGACCGAUGAAAUCCUAUUGCCACAGAUGUUAAAAGACAGUGGAUAUUCAACUCACAUGGUUGGCAAAUGGCAUUUGGGAUUUUGUAAAUUUCAGUGCACACCGAACCACAGAGGAUUCGACACGUUUUUUGGGUGGUACAAUGCUGCUGUUAUUUCCCCAUUUAUAAGCUGUCGUCGUAGAUCAGCAGGGUGCGAGUUUCGUGUAUCACAUACGACUGUUCCGAUGUUCAUCUAUUUACCGUUUCAAGCUGUGCACGCACCUCUGCAGGUGCCUGAUAAGUAUUCAGACAUGUACAAAGACACUAUACACGAUGAAUCACGUCGAACAUAUGCUGGAAUGACAUCCUGCAUGGACGAGGCUAUAGGAAAUAUCACUAGAACUCUGAAAGAUAAGGGUAUCUGGAAUAACACAGUGAUUGUGUUUUCAACGGAUAAUGGCGGCGCCAGAACUUUCGGGGCUAGUAAUUAUCCAUUAAGAGGUCAGAAAGCUUCGAAUUUCGAGGGAGGUAUACGUGGUCCAGCAUUUGUGUCCAGUCCUUUGCUGGAUCCUCUUGUGCGGGGUACGAUAAACAAUGAGCUGAUGUAUAUUGGUGACUGGUUUCCAACAUUUAUGAACCUAGCUGGUGGACAUGUGAUUGGUUCAAAACCAUUGGAUGGAAUUAACCAAUGGGAGACAAUCAGUCGAGGAGUACCCUCGAAGAGAGUAGAAAUUGUCUAUAAUAUCGACCCGCUAUGGCCAGGAUGCAAAUCAUCAACAAGGGACACAUGGAUUGGAAACCCUUAUUUUGACAUUUGCGUAUCAGCAGCUAUUAGAGUUGGACACUGGAAAUUACUUACAGGUCAUACAGGUUGCAGUAAUUGGGAAACCAGACCAGAAAUUGCACCAAAAAGCAGGACAGUCGAGAGCAGUGAUGAUGGAAUGGUGCGUUUGUAUCACAUAAAAGAAGAUGCCGAAGAAAAAGUUAACCUUGUACAUUAUAGACCUGAUAUUGUUUUCAUGUUGCUGCAAAGAUUGCACUACCAUAAUACAACUGCUGUCCCUCCUGGUGAAGUUGACAAAUUUAGUGUCCGUGCAGAUCCAGCAAGACACGGUAUGGCGUGGAACCCAUGGAUAUAGAAUACUAAUUUAUUAUGUUACAGUGC